GUGCUGCUGAUACUGUUUUCAUAAAGAAUUUUUUUUAUUUUAGGUCGAGAGACAAGCUGAUUAUCCUUUAGACCGUUUUCGUGAAAAUGAGCAAAUAGUUCAACAUGUGAGGAGAAGACCGUCAUUACUACCAGUAGUUGCUGAUUAUGGGACAUCAGCUGAUUGUAGUGAUAGGGAAAGAAAGUUCUGAAUGGAUAGAAUGAAUUUGCUUGGAAUAAAAGAUAACAGACUUUUUGGAUUAAAUUAAAUUAGAGCUUCUUAAUGAAGAUAUAUUGAAACAUAUAGGUUUCCUUACGAAAGAGAAAUGGGUCUACCUGCCACAGCACUUUCAUCAUCGGGUUUAAUUCAUCCGGCUUCCCGUAGUGGGACUACAAACGUUGGUACCAUUCAUACACAAAUGGAAUUGGAUCAUCUUCAUCAUAGUAAACGACCACGAUUAUGCGUAGAACCCAAAGCUCCUCUUCAUCAACCCUUAGUUAUUGAUACCAGAGACAUGGUAGAAGUGAAAAAGGAACCAGCUUAUACACCUCAAGUUGAGGCAAUUUCUCCUACAUUACCAACAGAUGAAUUGCAGCAGGAUCUUUCUCCUCAUAGAUCGUCGAAAGAUGAGUUAUUACAGGCUAUAAAUAGGAUAGAUCGAGAAAUAAAUCAAGUCGAAACUCAGACAUCAAAAUUGAAAAAACGGAAGCAAGAAUUAGAAGCUGAAGCAAAUAAACCUCCCGACACCAAACAGGUCAUACAAGAAAUAUCUACGAGCGAGCCGAAGCAAAUGAGCAUAGCCCAAAUUAUAUAUUCUGAAAAUAGAAAAAAAGCUCAGCAAGCACAUGCCUUAUUAGAAAAACUCGGACCAAAAGUUGAUUUGCCCAUGUAUAAUCAACCAAUGGAUACUCAGAUACACCAUGAAAAUAAAAAAAAAUUUGCAACAUUCAAAAAGAGCUUAAUACAGUAUUUUAAAAGAAAACAUCAAGAAAGACAAAUCCGAGUAAGUGUUUUCUUAUAUCUCUUUUUAACAAACAUUUAAUAUUAAUAUAUUUUGGUAAAUUAAAUAGUUUUGAGAAAAGUUUACUUUCCAUGUAUGGAUGUCAGUGUUUUUAAAUGCAAAUCUCUCUGGGGUCUCCUCAGUAUCUUUGUUAAUUGUUGACAGAAAAAAUGCCAUACUUUUCAUAGUCUUUGGAAUUAUAGUUAGUUAAUGUACUGAAAUUUAAAAAUAAAAUAAUAUAUAUGCAUGAAAUUAGUAAAAUAUUACAAUAUGAAGAAAUUUGUUUUUAAAAUGAAGUGUAUUUUAAUUUUACAUUUAUGUAUCAUAUUUAUUAUGAAUGAAAAGUUGUGAAGUAACAUUUUUCAUUUCCCAUUUUAAGUGUUUGAUAUCAUCUUUUAGUGCAAAAAUGUAUCCUAUAUAUUUUGUAUGAUGGGCUUUACUUUUUAUGCAUUUCUUUUGCCAAAUAUGAAGUGAAAUGAAUAAUUAUUUAUCUAGCAAAUAGAAUGAAAAAUAAUACAUGUUGGUCUAUUUUUCUAAACUUUUGAAUUAAGCUUUAAUAUUUUCUUUCUGCUGCAUGUUGUCUAGUUGAUAAGGUGUUAUCCUACCGUGUUGAGGAUUUGUUUUUACUCUGAUACAAAGAUACCAGCAAUUUAUUGUUGAUAGUACAGAUUGAGGUGUUAUUCCCCAUUCCGUGAACAUCUUGGUCAAUUGCAUUGUGGGUUGUGCUGAAUGCCAGAAAUUGUUGUAUUUAUUACCAUUGUUUUAUGCUUGGGAACCCAAGAUAAUUCGGGUGAUGCUAUGUUUCUUGACCUCUAGUUUGCAUAUCCCAGGAGUCCUUGUGAAGGCUUUGAGUUUACAGAAGAAAGGAUGUUAUAUUGUGGAAUACGAAACUCUUCUCAUAAUAUUUACCUUUACUAAAAACAUUCACCAAAAUUUAAAUUAAAUGAGAAUUUCUGAAACAAAAAAUUGUUUUAAAUAAAUAUAUAUGUAAUAACAAUAGAAUUAUACUGUAGGAGAUUUGCAGGAAGGCAAACUGGGAUAAUGCAUACCUUAGGGCAUUUUGUACUCAAAGGCUUAUUGUUUUCCUGACUUCAAUAAUUUCUAUUGGUUAAUUUAGUUAAUGGUUUUCUUUUCCAAUUGAAACAAAGAUGGAUAUUAUUCUUUAAGUCUGAAGAGUUGAUGAUAAGAAUAUUAAAAUCAACUAGCCAUCAAUCAGUUAACCAUAGACAGUACAUAAAAAUGUUGACUUAAUGUGUGAGUAUGAUUUGCCAGAAGUUACAUUUGGGAAAGUAUAAAUAUAUUAAAAUUCCAGAAGAUUUGUCUUUAAAUGUAUAUUAACCAACUCAAUUUUUUUUAUGUCAAGUAUAAAGAACUAAUUUAUCAU